AUGAUCAACACGAGGAAGGCUAUGUCCUCGUUGUUGGGCGUCAUUGAAACGUUGCCGCUGAGGCCUCCUUCGCUGUUCCUCGACAUGGAGGGCCCGAAUCUCGGUAGACGGGGUAGCAUCUCGAUCAUGCAACUCUGUAUCCCCAGAAUUCGCAGCCCAUUUCUCAUCGACAUCACCACGCUCGGCAUGGAUGCCUUCACCACCCCAGGACAGUCUGGGUCCACGUUAAAGGCCGUGCUGGAGUCCAAAUACAUCCCCAAGGUGAUUUUUGACGUGCGGUCCGACUCUGACGCGCUCUACGCCCUUUACAACAUCAAGCUCGCGGGCGUGGAUGACUUGCAGCUGAUGGAGUUGGGAUCCCGCUCCAAGAAUAGGACGACCGUCAAUGGGUUAUCCAAGUGCAUCUCGGCCCAUCUGACUCUGGAUGAUGACGAGAUGGAACAUAUCAAGGCCGUCAAGCUCCAAGGGGCCAAGCUUUUUGCCCCGGAACUAGGGGGGAACUACGAAGUCUUUAACGAGCGUCCCCUCCCCAAGGCCAUCCAGGAGUACUGCGAGCUGGACGUCCGGUACCUGUCCCGACUGUGGGACCACUACCACAAAAAACUUUCGCCGAUGUGGAAGUUGAUAGUGGCGGAGGAAACGGAGAGGAGAAUCGCCUUGACCCAGACGGAAGACUUCGACGGGUAUAGCCCGGAACUGGCUAAUGCACCGCCAGGCUGGGGUAACAGGUCUCGUAGGAUACAUCCAUCGCUUUCUAAAACGUCGGAAAAGUGGAAGAUUAUCAAAGAUCCGCGAUGA